CGAUCACAACAGGUGGGCUCAGUCAGCUGCGGCUCCAAACGGAAUGGGACGGCCAGUGACAUGACUUUCUGCUGAAGGGUUGAAGAAUUGCUAAGUCUGGUGUAGCCUGAGAGGCAUCGACGGUCGUAUCUUUCAUUCGGACUUUGCGGAUGCGCGCGCUGUUGAAAUGGCCCCAAUGACAGAUCAUUUCCAAGGCUAGAACAGUUCCUUCAAAAUAACACCCGCAGUUUUCACAGCAUAAUCUUCCGAUAGGGAUCUUGAAGCCGUGAGCUAUGAGGACUGCAGCGGGAGAUGGAGGGGGCUUUCUGAGAAUCAGCAUGAAUCUGUUUGGUGUAAAUUUAUGACUGCCGACCUCAACUCUUGAUACCCUACGAAGUCCUCCAGCUAUCAUGCGGGUUCUGGUGGUGGGGCACAUCUGAAGGGGCACAUGUCUCAUGCUCCGUGGCCCUCCUCUGUGACCUACGCAAUGGCUCUAGGUGGAGCAUACUUCUGCCCAGUUCGAUUGACUAGCUGCGCCUUGGGUCUGAAGAUAGCGGACUUCGAAAGACGCUGACCUCGGACACGAAAGGAACGCGUUCAUACAGAGCGGGAGGCACAGUGUAAAACAUGCCACCUGCAGACCCACUCACUGUGACGUGAUUGUCAGCUGGAUGGGUACACUUGUUGACGGCUCUGCUUCGACUGUUGGGUGUGGUCGCUGAUGGGAGGAUUCCAGGAUCAAUCGUCGAGGUAUCGCUUUCAAUUUCCUCAAUUCAAAUCUCGGACGCCAUCCUGACAACCUGGAGUGUGGAUUGGAAGCAUCAGGAAGAAGAAGCCUCAUCGACGACGCUUGAGUAGUAGUCCAGGUAUCAAUCGACGAGGAAUCGCUUCAGGAUUUACCAUUUGGAGUCUUCCGGGCGUCAUUUCAGAAUCUCUGGAGCGGGUGGAAGACCACUGAGAAGUGAGCCUGAGCAGUCGUCGUCGAGCACAUUUGUCGAACUUUCUGAGAGAUAGAGAACGAAAGAUGGUGUACUCAAUGGAGCAGCCAUUCCCUCUUGCGGCGUCCACAGUGGCUCCGGAUCCGACCGAUUUAUGGGCAGCACAGAUCCGGAAACCGCCAUACCCCACCAAUUCUGCCUGGUUGAAUUUCGUCCUGAACAAGGGCUCAUGCGCCGAGUAUCUCCACCCGUACAUGAUACAAUCCCUGGACGGCAGAGUGUCGGUCUGCUACCCCAGCAGAGGCGUCGACCCGGCCUUCAUCUUCCAGGCGUUCGUGCCGAAUUUGAGCGUUUCCUGCAAGGAAGAAGGAUCCACAUCCCACGUCGUGGCGCAUUACGACGAUUUGAGCGUGACGCUGGAAUUCGGAUCGAAGCUCAGCGUGCCGCUGGUGCGGGGCUGCCCGUACAUCACGUUCUUGUUCAAGGAUGGCACUCCCGUCUUCUCAACGAUCCAUGCGGUUCUGGAGCUGCGAUCCAAUGCCGAGGAAACGAGGCACAAGCUGGUGAUGAACAACGGGCAGACAUGGAUCGUCUACGCCUCGUCCACUCUGCCGCUGAACAAGGAUUUGAGCACGGGCGAUCACUCGUUCAAGGGCGUGGUGAGAAUCGCCUGCGUGCCGAGCGGCGACGGCAGCGAGGACGUCCUCGAUCGCUACAGCAUGUGCUACCCCGUGGGCGGCAUGGCGGAUUUGUCCGUGGCCUUCCAAAUGCGCUACUCGUGGAGGACGCUGGGCUGGGGCGAGCUGCUCAUGCUCAGCCUGCCGCACCAUCGCCAGAUCCUGCAGCGCCACAAAAUCACGCUGCCCGCAUUCGCGUACGCGAGCAUCGACGGGCCGCUGGAGGGCAUCGUGGGCGACCACUGGACUCUUCGCACCGAGCCUUUGUCCAUCGGGUGGUACUCGCAGCACGGCGUCAGCCCGCCCGAGGCCAAAGACGACAUCAUCCGCGCCGCGCUCAAGGAGGUCGACCAGCUGUGCCCCACGCAGUUGACGAUACCCUCAACGUACUUCAACGGUAAGGCGCUGGCGCGCGCCGCCCGACUGGGCCUCAUCGCCGAGGAGGUCUCGUGCCCGGCCAUCGUCGACCGAGUGCACGAAUUCCUCGUCCGCUCACUCACGCCGUGGUUCGACGGCACCUUCGCCGGCAAUGCGCUGCUCUACGACGGCAAGUGGGGCGGCGUCGUCAGCCGCGACGGCGCGCGCGACCCCGGGGCCGAUUUCGGCCUGGCCAUGUACAACGACCACCACUUCCACUUCGGCUACUUCUGCUACGCCGGCGCGGUGCUGGCCAAGCUCGACCCGAGCUGGGGCCAGACCUGGCGCUGCCACCUCUACGCGCUGGCGCGCGACUACAUGAACACGGACCCCGCCGACCACGACUUUACGCGCCUGCGCUGCUUCGACCCCUGGGUCAUGCACUCGUGGGCCGGCGGCCUGACGGAGUUCGCCGACGGGCGCAACCAGGAGAGCACCAGCGAGGCCGUGAACGCCUACUACGCGGCGGCGCUGGUGGGAUUGGCCUUCGGCGACCCACAUCUGAUCAAUGUCGGGCUCACGCUGACGGCGCUCGAGAAUCUGUCGAGCAGAACGCUAUGGCACGUGAAAUCCGAUAACAACAUCUACGAGCCGGCGUUCGUGAGCGCCAACAAAUUGGUGGGCGUUCUGUGGGCCAACAAGCGCGACACGAAUCUGUGGUUUGCGCCUCGGGACAAUCGCGAGAUGUGUCUGGGCAUUCAGGUGCUGCCCAUCUCGCCCAUCACCGAGAUCAUGUUCCCCGACAUCGAAUUCGUCAAGGAGCUCGUCGAGUGGGCCUUGCCCGCUCUCAGCCGCGACGGAGUGACCGACGCCUGGAGAGGGUUCGUGUACGCCCUCAUGGCUCUGUAUCAACCCACCAAGGCCCAUCGCUUGAUCCACGAACUCGUGGCUCAUGACGAUGGCAACUCCCUCACCAAUCUGCUCUGGUGGGUUCACACGAGGUCCGUGUGCUCAUGAGCUUUGCUCCACCGCGCUCGCUUCUUCUUCUUUCUGGAGGUUUUCUCUCCAUUCUUUCCUUCUCCGAUGGUCGGGCGCAAAGCAUACCCGUGCAGGUUACACGUACAUUGUGUCACAUAGAUUAUCCGCCUAGUGUAAUAUAGGAUGAUGAUAAUUGGCAGCUCGAGAGUGUAGAGUUUGUGCUAAUUUUGCUCCGAUAAAGGCUUUGCUGCUGUUUCUCUCUCAAGGCAUGGACGAGCUUGUUCGAUCCGUCGGAAUUCACUGUAAAGGUCAGGUCGGUGGGCGUGACAUUUUUUCAAAGCAAUAACAAUGUGAAGAGAAGAUCCCCGAGUGGUCGUCGUCAGAUCGCGUGACUCCCGGGCCAAUUUACGUCCUCGACUCCAGUUUCUCACACAAUGUGGAGUGUGGCCCCCCGCAUUUCAGCCGGUGCGCUCCCAUGCUGGACACAGACGCAUCACGCCACUCCCUCCAGUCCGCUGUACAAAUCGCUUUCUGAAAGCUGGAGAGUGUGCUCCGGAAUCGAGGAUCCACCUCGACUCCUCAAUACUUCCCUUUCAUUUGCAGAAAGGAGAAAAAUAGAGACUGAUUGGCGUACACCUCGUACCACGCAGCGUAAGAGAAUUGACGUAACCUGGCCCAAAUCAAUGAGAGGACACACGCUUGCUUAAGUGGUUGGAAUUAUACGAGAAGCCUUGUCAUCUCGAGGGACGAGGACAAGAGCGAGCCGAAAG